GCCGAUGGCAGUACGACGCCGGCCGUCGUUGCGAGUGGUUCGUUCGUGUCGUGUUAAUUUCGAAAUACAAUUCACACGCUUUUUUUUUUUUUUCCUUUUUGCUCGCUUUCCCGCGUUACAAACUAUCCAUCGAACGGAUCGUUCGUCAAUGGAAAGAAGCAGAGCAAUUUUAUCUCAAUGAUAUCGAUCGAGAAAAGAAAUUUGAUGAAAAGUAUACAAAAAUAUCAAUCGAAUAAAAGGAUAAUUGGGGAGUGAAGAAUUUUUUUUAUUUCUUUCUUUUUUCUUUUUUUCUCUUGUUAUUUUCUUUCUUCGUUUUUGAAAGGAACCAAAAGAGAUACUAUUAUAUGGGAGGAAAGGCGUCGAAAGGACAAGGACGAUCGAAGUCAAAUUAUCGAGCGACGUGAUUGACAGGAUAACCGAAGCGAACUGUCGCCCGUUGUUGCUGUAAAAUUCUGACGUCAGAGGAUCCUCUCUCUACGUCGUUCUCUACGUCGUCGUUCAUCGCGCGAUCUUUCUUCGCUUAAGGUGAUCUUUGGAUCGAGAGGAACGACCGAGAGUUUGUCAUAGAGGGUCGACGAGCUUGCACACGGGCUGGAAAUGCGCUUCGUACAUUUCGAGAGGAUCUCCUAGGAGGGAAGAGAGACCGAGUGGAGGAUCGGUCGAAAUAAUGCGAGCGAAGCGCAUCAGAAAGGAAAUCCGCUUCAGAUUGCUCAGGUACCGAGAGUGCGUCGAGUGUCGAAAGAACUCCUGUCCCAUCAACGAGAGACGCCUGAAGGAGAGGGAAGAAGGGACGAACGAGGAAGAGGAGGAAGAGAGAUUGAAAAAGGAAAAAAAAUAUAUAUACCCGUGCUUCUUUUUCUCCUCUUGUUUUUUUUUUUCUUUUUCCUUUUCUUUUUACUUUCUCAACUGGCUGUGAUUUUGACUCAUAGAAAUCGUCUAGUCGUGAACGUGUUCCACGCGUAGAGCCUUUUUUGCAAAGGCUGAUUAAAAAAAAGAAAAGAGGAAAGAGAGAGCGAGAGAGAGAAAGAGAUAUAAAUCACAUCAACGGAAGAGAAAGAGGCGAAAAACAAGCGGGGAGAAUUAGAUUCGAAAAGGACAGCUCUCUCUCUCUCCUAUCCAUGGAUCCUUCGGGAGAGGAAGGAGGAGCUCGAGGCGGGUUAGCUCGAAGGUAACAGGACCGAUCGGUCGAACGAUUCUUGAAAACGAGGAAGAACACCGGAGAAGGAGGAGGUCAUGUCCGUUCGCGUGGAAGUUCGACUGAUGCGAGAAUAAGAAAACAGAAAGAAAGAAGAAGAAGAAAAAAAGGAAGAGAAGUAAAGAAACUAGAAGACUUUGACUAGAGUUGUCGUCGACGUUGUCGUAGACGUUCGAGGACGAAAAAAGUAGAAGAAGAAAAAGAAAAAGGAAAUAGGAGGUGCUUACUGUAACAGAGGCUAACCUUCUUACUGCUACGUCGUCCGAUUCUUCUUAAGGCCGAGUUCAUCUUUUCUUGAAAAUAGAAAGAGUAAGCGAGACAGAGAAAGAGAGAGAGAGAGAGAGAGAGAGAGAGAGAGUGAGGGAGAGAGAGAAAGAGAGAACGCAUCCACCUUCUUCUCUUCUCGCUCUCUCUCCUCGAGUAUACCGAAUUCGAUUUGAGCUGCGAAAAGCUCGAAAGCUUUCGUGAUAGAACGUGACUCUACUUGCUUGUUCGAGGUUGAUGCUGAGGAAGAGAGAAAGAGAGAGGAUUAGUUCUCUUCUAGAGUCUACAAGAUACCGAGAAGGUGGAAGAUAAAGGAAGAAAAGAAAAGUGAAAAAAAAAGCAGGAUUGAAAAGCGAAGCUGGAAAAUAUCGACUAGAGUGUGGACCUAUAGGGAGAUAAAAAUCAGUAAAAAAAAGGAAAAACGAUUGAUAAAGUGGAAUCUUGUCGUUCUCGCGAGGGACUCUUUUUUUCCUCUUCCUCUCCUUUCGAAUUUUCUCUAUGUGAGAAAUCCCGAAAAUAGAAAAUGUCGAAAGGUUUCGUUGCGUGGGCAAAAAUUUGUUAGUUUUUUGCCUAUCCAAGGACGAAGAAGAAUAAAAAGGGGGGAAAAAGAGAGGAAGAAAUAAAGAGGAUUUAGGAUGAUUCUAGAAUGACGAUGAUGACGAUCAUGAUGAUGACGACGACGACGACGACGACGACGACGACGACGACGACGACGACGACGACGACGACGACGACGAUGACGACGAUGGUGAUGGCGAUGAUGAUGACGAUGAUGGAUCGAGCGGCAUCAGCGACGAGAAAGCGAGAUUUUUCCGCGGAAAAUAAUUUCCGAUGAAAUCUUUCUGAUCCCUAAGGUCUCAGGAAGAUCUUUCGUAUUCCCAAAAACGAAAUAUCAAACGUUGAACGUACGACCAAUACUCUCGAUUUUUCUUUCUCUUUUUUUCUUCGAAUAAGCGUUUAAGGAAGUAAGGCUCGUGUUAUUUUUUAAGCCCACGCGAGAUUCGAAUUAAGAAGGGAAGUGAUUUUUCUUGUGAAAAGUGCUAAAGUGUACGUUCUUAAUUAAUCGAACGGGAAGCAGUGGAACCCUUAACAACAAGGACAAUUAAUAUUUAUUUAGUGAACGAUACGCGUGUUGCGUCUACGUCGAAAUAAAUUCGAAGAAAUGAAAAAAUAAGGAUUUGUCUUCUCUAAGGAAGAAGGAUUUCGUCGAAGCAUUUGGCUUCUUCUGUUUUCUUCUUCUUCCUUAUUCCGUGCGAACGACUUGUGAGGAUCGACUCAGACAAAUAGACGUGUUCGCGCUGAGAGUUAUCCGUUGUAUUGGGGAGAGAAAGAGAAAGAGAGAGGGAGAGAGAGAGAGAGAGAGAAAAAGUCUUCGACCCGGAGAAGUAAGCAAUGGAGCGUUUUUUUGCGAGAGCACGUUAGAGCGAACGAGAAAGAGAGAAGAAGAGAGAAAAUAUCAUUUUCUCGAGAAUGGAGUUUCAUGGUGGCGUCGGUAGGGUAUCCAUAAAUCCCUCGUAUCAUCGUCGUCAUCGUCAUCUUCUUGGGUUCGCGAAAAAAGAAGAUUCUGAUCGCGAGGUGGCCGAGUCAAAUUAAGAUGCGAGAAUUGAACGCCAGUGCAUGCACUGCUUUGUACGAGGGCGUCGAGUGGUCCGGCCCAUGGAUCCUAUUCACCCUGAUCACUCUGGCUAUCGUCAACGUGAUGGUCGUGCUCGGUAACGUCCUCGUUAUACUCGCCGUCUAUUACACGAGCAAGCUCAGAAACGUGACGAACAUGUUCAUCGUCAGUCUUGCUGUGGCUGAUCUCUUGGUCGGACUCGCUGUUCUUCCAUUCAGUGCCACUUGGGAAGUCUUCAAGGUCUGGAUAUUCGGUGAUCUAUGGUGUUCGGUUUGGCUAGCCGUCGACGUUUGGAUGUGCACCGCGUCGAUACUGAACCUUUGUGCAAUCAGUCUCGACAGAUAUCUGGCGGUGACCAGACCCGUCAGUUAUCCCCAGUUAAUGUCUCCGAAACGAGCAAGGCUUCUGGUCGCCACAGUUUGGGUUUUGAGCUUCGUCAUCUGUUUUCCACCCUUGGUCGGUUGGAAAGAUAAACGGUCUCAUCCUACGCACAACGUGACGUUUACGCAGAACGGCCCCUUCAACACUACCACCAUUAUAGUGCCGAUGAAACCGUGUCCGUGGAUCUGCGAGUUGACCAAUGACGCCGGAUAUGUCGUUUACAGCGCUCUAGGCUCCUUCUACAUACCGAUGUUAGUAAUGCUCUUUUUCUAUUGGAGAAUCUACAAUGCAGCCGUUUCCACAACGAAAGCCAUCAAUCAGGGCUUUCGUACCACCAAGGGUUCCAAAAUGUUUGGAUCCAGAUUCGACGAACAGAGAUUAACACUGAGGAUACAUCGAGGACGCGGAAGCGUUCACAACGGUAGUAACAACGGUAGUCCAAGAAGCCCGGAUUAUUCCACUCGCAGUUCCGUCAGAAAGGAAAAGAUCAAGAUCUCGGUAUCGUAUCCGAGUACAGAAACAUUAAACACAAAGUGCAACACUCUCGAGAGGACUCCUUCGAGAUGUUCUCAAGUUUCCGUGCAUUAUAGUAACGGACAAACGCAGACUCAGCUCUGUCCGAGUUCUAGGAGUACGCAUUUGAAGGUCGGCGGUAUAAACAGAGUAGGCAGUAUGAGGAGACCCAGCAGAAGGAGUAGCUGCGAGAGUCAGUUGACGAGUGACGAGGUAACGCUUCGAGAACUAGCUCAGGGCCAAGAGGAGAAGCCUAGGAUGAUGAAGAUGGGUAAACGAAAUAUAAAGGCACAGGUGAAGAGAUUCCGAAUGGAGACAAAAGCGGCAAAGACCUUGGGUAUCAUAGUCGGUGGCUUCAUACUCUGCUGGCUGCCAUUCUUCACGAUGUAUCUCCUACGUGCAUUCUGCUCGAAUUGCAUCCACCCAACCGUCUUCAGCGUACUAUUUUGGCUAGGAUAUUGCAACUCCGCGAUAAAUCCUUGCAUCUACGCGCUCUUCAGCAAGGACUUUCGCUCGGCCUUCAAGCGAAUAAUCUGCAGGUGCUUCUGCAAACGGCGAGCCAACACGUUACGGCGCGGUAGCGACGGCAGCCAAUUGGCGAUGAGAAGCGAGAGAAGUCCAAGUUAUACAAUGCGUGUGCAGCAGCAGGGCGUUUCCAUGGACGACUCCGACCAGGAUCCCGGAUCAGAACCGACUGUACAUUCGACGAGCGAGUCCAGAUGACUCUAGCCAGUCGGAGCUGGUGCGCACCGCGUCACCUUUGACCGCAGAACUUCGACGAUCAGGAUACAUUCGUCCUAUAGAGCCUGAGACCCUUCUCUUUCUCUUUCUCUCUCUCUCUAUCUCUCUUUCUCUCUCUUUCUUUCUAUCUCUAUCGCUAUCAUUAUUUCUCAAUUUCUCUUUCAUUCUGUCUCUCUCUCUCUCUCUCGCUCUCUCUCUUUGUCCCAAAAAAAGGAUUCGUUUAAACGGAAAUUUAAACGAUGCGAAGACAACGACGAUUGUGGAUAAGAUAGCAACACAAAUAAUGCGAUAAUAAUCGACAAUUGAAUACAACGCGCACGCGCGCGCGUAUACGAGUAAUUGUUCGAGAGAGUUGGGUAUCACGAGAAAGAGGGAGAGAAGAAGUAGUAGAUGGAGAAGGAGUUGGAGGAGACGGGGAAGUGGUGUCCUAAAACACGCGUUUACUUUAGAUGUCGUAAGUAUUAUUAUAAAUGAUUAUUAUAUCGUCAUCGUAAGUUUUCAAAUCGUAAAGAAGGAUUCUAUGGAGACAUUGAUAGGUAUAUAACCGCACAUACACGUGUUGUAUAUAUCACAAAUGAUUUCGUGUAUACACGGUGAGAUAAUGUUAAGUAAGAUUAAGCCAAAAGUCGACAGUCGUUAACCUUCUCUACGUCUAAAUGGUGUUCGUUGAAUCGUGCAAAUCGUGUGUUCUCCUCCAGCCGAUAUAUAUAUACAUGCAUACAUACGUACAUACAUACAUACAUGCAUACAUACAAAACUUACCUUUUCUUUUCUUUUUUCUUUCUUUUCUUGUUCUUUUCUCGUCCAAAACGUUGGAACGUUUUUCGCAUCGAUAGAUAUUUCUUUCUUGCGAAGAAGAAGCGAAAAAAAGAAGGAAGAAUAAAAGAAAGUCCUCACGCUUAAGAGCAAAAUACACUUGCAAUUCCUUUCGACCGAUUGCGGAUUAUGCAAAGGGAGAAGAAAAGCGAAUAGAAAAGUUAGCAGCGAAUAUAAUAUGCGCGAUUAAUGUAUUAUGUGAUAUACCGUAUAAAUAACGUUACGAACGAUUGCAAGUAAACAAUGUGAAUACGUGCGAAUAAAGUUCCGAGUCCAUUGAUCUUUUACCGUUA